AUGGCCUCCCCGGUUGUCUUCAUGAGGACUCUUUCGUAUCUCUGCAGCCCUUCGUGUUGCUGUCAUUCGUCUUUCGUUUUUCAUACUCUGUGCUGCAUGUCGUGUGGGUUCACCUCUUGCCCUCCCGCCAAACCGUCACUGCUGCGCUCUGCGGAACGCCCUCAGUGCUUUUGUCGCUCUGUGCUGACUAUCGUUCUUCCCCGGACGUUUGAUUGUCUGGCGACAAGCGCACGCAGCCGCGAGAAGAAUCAAGGCAUCUGCUCGCGUCGUGGCGUGGGAAAGGUGGCGGGGAGGAGAGGGGCCCGCGAGCGAGCCGCGGCCGCGUGGGGACUUGAUAGAAAUCCAAAGAUGCCUACUCACGAAAAGCUGAGAAAGGCGUAG